CUCACUUUUCUGGCCCUUGUUUCUGUAUUCUCUAUGGAGCCUGUUAUGGCCGAUAGACAUAGUCGACAAUGGACUAAUGACAAGGGAUUGAACUCAUUGGGAAAUGAGGAUCUUGUAACCGACUUGCCUGGCCAGCCUGCUGUCGAUUUCCGGCACUAUGCUGGGUAUGUAACAGUGAAUGAAGAGAAUGGAAGGGCGCUCUUUUACUGGUUCUAUGAGGCCACAACUCAACCCAAUGAGAAACCUUUGGUGCUGUGGCUUAAUGGAGGUCCUGGGUGCUCUUCUGUGGGAUAUGGUGCAACACAAGAAAUUGGUCCUUUUAUCGUGGACACUGAUGGCCAUGGACUUAAAUUCAAUCCCUACUCAUGGAAUAGAGAAGCCAACAUGUUAUUCCUGGAAUCUCCUGUUGGAGUUGGCUUUUCAUACUCAAAUACAACUAGUGACUAUGAAAAGCUUGGGGAUGACUUUACAGCAAACGACAAUUAUGCUUUCCUGCAUAAGUGGUUCCUCAAGUUCCCAUCAUACAGAAAGCGGAUAUUUUAUAUUGCAGGGGAGAGCUAUGCAGGAAAAUAUGUUCCAGAGCUGGCUGAGGUCAUCUAUGACAAGAACAAGGAUCCUUCUCUUUUUAUUGAUCUCAGGGGUAUCUUGUUGGGUAAUCCUGAAACAUGUGAUGCGGAUGAUUGGAGAGGUCUGGUGGAUUAUGCUUGGAGCCACGCUGUGGUGUCAGAUGAAACUCAUAAAAUUAUCAGAGAAAACUGUGAUUUCUACAGCGAGGAUCCAUGGAGCAACGAUAACUGCAGUGACGCCGUGGGUGAAGUACUUGACCAGUAUAAGCGGAUAGAUAUCUAUAGCCUUUACACUUCAGUCUGCACAAAAACUUCAAAACGUUCGGAUGACAAUUCCAUGCAAGUACUCUUUAAGCGAACAUCUAGGAUGAUGCCAAGGAUCAUGGGUGGUUAUGAUCCAUGCCUUGAUGACUAUGCAAAAGCUUUCUACAACAGAGCAGAUGUUCAGAAGGCCCUCCAUGUCAGCGAUGGUCACCGAGUCAAGAACUGGAGCAUCUGCAAUGCGGAUAUAUUUGUUAACUGGUCACAAUCACAGCCCUCUGUUCUUCCCAUAUACCGGAAGCUUAUUGCAGGAGGACUCAGAAUAUGGGUUUACAGUGGAGAUACAGAUGGAAGAGUUCCUGUGCUCUCCACAAGAUACUGCUUAAGUACUCUGAAACUGCCUAUCACUAGGGCAUGGAGGCCCUGGUACCACCAGCAACAGGUUAGUGGGUGGUUUCAAGAAUACAAGGGCCUCACAUUCGCCACAUUUAGAGGUGCUGGUCAUGCUGUUCCUGUCUUCAAACCAAGCGAGUCACUUGCAUUCUUCUCAGCCUUUCUCCAGGGAGAAUCUCCACCUUGUCAAAGUUAAAUCUCCACUUUCAUUUCUCCUGGCUGCAACUAUGUUCACUGUGGUUUGUUUUACGCAGCAGAACACAGCCGAAACAGAAAAUAACAAGGCGUAUGAAUGUUUUUUUUUUUCUUGAUUAAAUAUAACUAUCUUUUUCCUUCUUUUUUUAGCCUGUUUGGCUGCAAAGAAAGUAGAGGACAAGAGAUUUACUUAUCCGCAAUCAUGUAGCUAAAAGAUUCCAAAUCCUCUCCAUUCCUCCUCGCUUUUGUACUUUGAGAGAUGUAUACUGAAGUAUAGGUGCAAGACUAUGUUUUCACUGAAGAUAUAUAAUAAAAAUGGCGACUUCAUAUA